AGUGCUCUUCAAACAUCGAUGACAUCUUUUUUGUUUUUUCCUGUUUUCUCUACCUAUCUGAUAAUGUAUUUCCACGGCUUACAUAUACUUUCUGUGAGCCGUGAUGUAUUUCAUCCUGCCAAGGAAUCCAAAAACAUCAGCUGUCUCCCGUUUCCUGAGAGUUCGCCGACCAGUUUUGCUUUCAAGCUGAAGAAAAAACUACAGUUUAACUUCACCAGGCACAAUCAUCAGAAUGAGAUGCAGGAAAAUAUUAACCCAGAAUGGUUUCGUGUUACCGUCCAGUGUGAGAAACAUUUCACAAAUGAUAAUCGUGUAUGCCUAAAAGGUUUGUAUUUGUGCGGAUCUGCAAAUUCGGUUUUUGUGGAAUAAUUCGACCAAGGGCUAUGAUGUAGCAGCGGUGGAGAGUAAGUCCAAUCAUACGGCUUCAUCCCACCCCGGGAGCAGAUGAGCGCUAGCGAAUGUUCUCAGGCGGUUGGAGUUCUGGAAGGGAACGACUGGUAACUUUAUGGGUAUAUAUGAAGCCGAAAACACCCACAACAAUGGGGUAACUAACAUAAAGCUCGCCGGUGACAAAGUGAUAGUCGCACGGUUGAGUGGAAGAAUCGAUUUUCUGAGACUGGAAACGUACACGCAAGGUUGUCAGAUCGAUUGGGGAUUUACGUCUGCAUAUGGGCGAACCCACGAACGCACCGGUUCGGCAGGAAGCAUUAGUUUAUUUCCGCUAUCCGCCGGCUCAAAUCCGUCCACAGCGUUGCCAGCUCAACAUCACGUAUCCGAGGAGUAUCAUGGAGUUUCACAGCAGGGUCACCGUCGACAUGUUUGGAAGUGGCGGGCGGUACAGUCAUGACUGGCAGCCAGGGCCACACUGUUAAAGUGUUCCGGCUCGAUAGCGAUAGGUUUACGUCGAAAUAUGUAUAACUCGAAUUUUCCACUCACGUAAAUAUAGAUGGUGCGAUGGAAUGUUUUC